AUGAAUACGAACUUCUUCCACAUACUCAAAACAAAAAGAGAACUCAUUCCCCUGGCUGGAAUAAUAUCCGUUGCAGCUUUUGGGGCUGUCUCUUUUUCCAUCUAUUCCCUAUUCUGCAAAUCCGAUGUGAUCAUUAACAAGAGUAGCAAUCCAGAACCAUGGGAAACUGUUGAUGCUACCAAGCCUCAGAAGCUAUUAACAAUCCGUCAGAAAUGGAAACCUAUAGAAGAGCUGGAAAAUGUCAAAAAGCUUACGAAGUAA